AUGGUUCGGAAACGUUACAGUCUGGAAAACGUUACUGUCUGUAAAACGAUACGGUCUGUAAAACGUUACGGUCUUACAAAGGAUCUCAUUAUCUAUCUAUCUCAGUCCUUUCUAUCUAUCUAUCUAUCUAUCUAUCUCAAUCCUUUCAUCUAUCUAUCUAUCUAUCUAUCUAUCUAUCUAUCUAUCUAUCUAUCUAUCUCAAUCCUUUCAAUAACAGUCUAUCUAUCUAUCUAUCUAUUUAUCUAUCUAUCUAUCUAUCUAUCUAUCUAUCUAUCUCAAUCCUUUCAUCUAUCUAUCUAUCUAUCUAUUUCAAUCCUUUCAUCUAUCUAUCUAUCUAUCUAUCUAUCUAUCUAUCUAUCUAUCUAUCUAUCUAUCUAUCUCAAUCCUUUCAUCUAUCUAUCUAUUUCAAUCCUUCUAUCUAUCUAUCUCAAUCCUUUCAUCUAUCUAUCUAUCUAUCUAUCUAUCUCAAUCCUUUCAUCUAUCUAUCUAUCUAUCUAUCUAUUUCAAUCCUUUCAUCUAUCUAUCUAUCUAUCUAUCUAUCUAUCUAUCUAUCUAUCUAAGUUCUUUCAUAUAUCUAUCUACCUCAGUCCGUUCAUUUGUCAAUCUAUCUAUCUAUCUAUCUAUCUAUCUAUCUAUCUAUCUAUCUAUCUAUCUAUCUCAAUCCUUUCAAUAACAGUCUAUCUAUCUAUCUAUCUAUCUAUCUAUCUAUCUAUCUAUCUCAAUCCUUUCAUCUAUCUAUCUAUCUAUCUAUUUCAAUCCUUUCAUCUAUCUAAGUUCUUUCAUAUAUCUAUCUACCUCAGUCCGUCCAUUUGUCAAUCUAUCUAUCUAUCUAUCUAUCUAUCUAUCUAUCUAUCUAUCUUAGCUACUCUUUUUAUCAACCACCUAUUCUUUCCUUACUUCUUUUUCCCUUCUAUCUAUCUAUCUAUCUAUGGCUUUAUUUAUCUAUUUAUCUCAGCGUUUUAUUUUUAUAUAUCUGUUUAUAUAUCUAUCUAUUUAUUUUGGCCAAUACUUUCUAUUUAUCUAUCCAUGCCUAUUCUUUCCUUCUGUUUUCCUUCCGUCUAUCUAUCUAGAAGCCAACGAGGGAAAGCCAAUGCAUAUUUAAGCGGAGCGCCUCCGAUGUUGCAAACGCUGUAUUUAUCGAUAAUUUCUUUUCGCCACUUACGUCUCAGCCCUCCUCAACAUAAAACAUUUCUUUUUUUUUAUCUUUGA